AGCUUUGUCAGUAUCUUUCUGUUCGUGACAUGACGAAGUUUAAAAUUUCUAUUAAUUUUUAUAUUUUCUUGUUUAUUCAUUUGAUAAAGAUAUCUGUAAUAGUGCCAUCAUUAUUGGACUUUGAUGACUAUGGGGAUGAAUUCGGUGAUGAAUACAUUGUAGAAUAUGUUGAUAAUUUUGAAGGCAAAAUAUGUAGAUUGGGAUGUUUAAAAUUUCAAUCCGAAAAUGGACAAAAUAUUUUGAUACGGAAGACAGCCAGACAACAAACACCUUUAACAAACUCUAGCACUGAUGAAGAGCUUCAGAAUAAUGACACUAUGUCGAUGAAUUAUGCAGAACUAAACGACUACUCUGAGCCCAAUGAUCCUUGCGACAAACCCUUAAUGAAUUGUGACGAAUCUCCACAAUGUUGUCCUGACUUUUAAACUAUAUAACAAACUAGCUGAACCGGGCCCGCUCCGCUGCACCAUCUUCUACUUUAUAUGAAGUAAAAUUUUCCUUGGAAUAUUUAUUUUCGAAAAUUAAAGAGCUUUUAGCGAAAUACCAUGCUACGAAAAUGGUAUAUCGCUUGACUAACAGUUUAGUAAUAUAAGUGCCUUUAUCUGAA